AAAGCCACAGUUAGAUAUUUUAAUGAGCAGCAACAGAGGAAAGUGCCAACCCUGGAUGACAUUUUAGAGGAGAUCGGCGAAUUUGGCAGGUUCCAAAAGCAAACCUUUUUCGUCCUGUGUUUGCUCUCUGCCACCUUCACUCCCAUUUACGUGGGUGUCGUCUUCUUCGGGUUCACCCCCGAGCACCGCUGCUUCAGCCCCGGUGUGGCGGAGCUGAGCCGGCGCUGCGGCUGGAGCCUGGCGGAGCAGCUGAACCACACCGUGCCCGAGUGGGGCGGCCACGGGGCCACUUUUGACAGCCGCUGCAGGAGGUACGACGUGGACUGGAACGCGACGGGCCUCAGCUGCACCCUGGGCAGCCUCACGGGCAACCGGAGCUCCGUCCCCCUCAGCCCCUGCCAGGACGGGUGGCUCUACGACUACCCAGGGACCUCGCUUGUCACCGAGUUUAACCUGGUGUGUGAGGACUCCUGGAAGCUUGACCUCUUUCAGUCAUGUGUAAAUGCUGGAUUUUUUAUUGGCUCCAUGGUCAUCGGGUACAUGGGAGACAGGUUUGGCUGCAAGCUCUGCCUCCUGAUCACAGUGCUCAUCAAUUCGGUCUCAGGGGUUCUCGUGGCCUUCGCACCCAGCUACACAUGGGCAGUGGUCUUCCGUCUGGUCCAGGGACUGGUCACUAAGAGGGGCUGGCUGACCGGCUACAUCCUUACUGCAGAAUUUGUUGGCCUAAGCUUCCGGAGAACCGUGGGCGUUAUCUACCAGCUGGCCUUCACCGUGGGGCUGCUCAUCUUCACUGCUGUGGCUUACAUGCUCCAGCACUGGAGGUGGCUUCAGCUGGCUGUCACCCUGCCCAAUUUCUUCUUCCUACUCUACUAUUGGUGUCUGUCUGAGUCUCCCAGGUGGCUGAUAACUCAGAAGCAAAACGACAAAGCCAUGGAAGUUAUUAAGCGCAUUGCCAGGGGAAAUAAGCAGCUACCUCUCUUGUUCCAGCAUAUCAGAUCCGAGGACAAUGAUGGAGAAAAGCUGAAACCUUCAUAUCUAGACCUGGUCAGGACACCUCAGAUAAGAAAGCACACAUGCAUUUUGAUGUACAGUUGGUUCAUGAGCUCCAUCCUGUACCAGGGGCUCAUCAUGCACAUGGGAAUAGCCGGUGGGAACAUCUACCUGGAUUUCCUCUAUUCUGCUCUUGUUGAGUUCCCAGCUGCUUUCAUCCUUUUGCUUACAGUGGAUCGCAUCGGCCAUCGCUACCCAUGGGCUGUGGCAAACAUGCUGACAGGUGGUGCCUGCCUUGUUACAGCAUUAGUCCCAGACACUCUUUAUUGGCUUAAAAUGACCGCAGCUUACCUGGGAAGGAUGGGAAUUACCAUGUGCUAUGAAAUGGUCUGCUUGGUAAACCCUGAGCUGUAUCCCACUUUUCUCAGGAACCUGGGAGUGCUGGCCUGCUCAUCCAUGUGCGACCUCGGCGGGACCAUAACACCCUUCACCGUGUACAGAUUUGCAGCGCUCUGGCACGAGCUGCCCCUGGUUGUCUUUGCUGUGAUCACUUUCAUCGGUGGCAGCUUGGUUCUGCUCCUACCUGAGACCAAGGGAAAAACUCUGCCUGAGACCCUUGAAGAUGCUGAAAACAUGCACAGGCAAAAGAGAAGAAAAGAAAAUAUGAUUUAUCUCCAAGUUCUGACUUCAAAAGCCACUCCCAAGUAAAAG